AUAACAUACUUUCCGUUUUAUGUGGGUGGACUUGCAAAUAAGGAAGAGUCCGCAUUCGUAAACGUAACAUAAGAAAAGUGAAAUAUUAUUUUCAGAAAAUGUGCAUUGCAUAUUGACGUCACAGUCGGUACAUAUUUAUCCAAACGAAAUUUUAACUAUAACAGAGCUUUACAACCUCUGGAAGUAUGAGGUGAUAUUUCAAAAAUAUAACUGAUCAAAUCGAAAAUACAAAAACAACAUGACAGACAUACUAACUGGAUCGAGGAAACGCAAGCUCGACGAAGAUGAGUCACUGCAGACGGAAGGUAUGCCUGAGGUCAAGACGAAGCCUCCGUCAUUGGUAGCCCCCAUCGAGAAGCACGACGAAGCGAAGCAAGUACCCGUCAAACCUAAGCAGAAACGAUCUCGACAAGACAUCUAUCAAACAAGCUUGAAAUUUGUUUUAACGGAGAACCAGUUGAAAUCGCUGGAUUACCCUAGACCAGACUCUAGCGGAAAAGAGGGCAAAAUCCGACUCUAUGGAGAUCACUACGGGUUUGAAGAAGGAAAGUGCAAACGCUGUGAACGUCCGUUUGAUACUUCAUAUUCUCGACGUUCCGCUUGUGAUUUUCAUCUCGAACGCUCGAAGCGCAUACGGGGCGUUCAAUUACCAUACGGAUGUUGUGGGAGAAGGUAUGGGUCCAAAGGCUGCCACCAAGCAUCGAGUCACGUUUACAAAGGUAAUUUGUACUUGGACACCGAUGGCUUCAAAUCUACGAAGUCAUUAACUGCUCCGCCCAAAGACGGGAAUUACGGAAUCUAUGCCAUAGACACAGAGUCGAUUCAUACGAAAAAAGGUCUGGAGGCGUGCAAGGUAACCGUGAUAGACACGAACUUCAUUGUGGUCUAUGACGAGUACUGUUUACCGACUUCUGAAAUAAUUGACUACAACACCAUCUGGAGUGGUAUCACAGAGCAACACCUCAAGGAUGUUACCAAAACAUUUGAGGAGCUACGUGAUGACCUACUUGUCCUUUUCAACAAAGACACGAUUGUGGUUGGACAUGGUCUUUCAAGUGAUAUGAUGGUCCUCAAGAUUCUUCACAGCAAGAUUAUCGACACACUUAUCCUGUAUCCACACCCUAGAGGAUUGCCUUUGAAGAGAUCCUUGAAGGACAUUGCCCUGACGGAAUUGGGAAGAACUAUUCAAAACGGAGUUGGUCACGACAGUAAAGAAGAUGCCGAAGUCACGAUGAAACUGCUGCUUAAAAAGUUAAAAUCGGUUACUGCGUGAAUUUUAUUGCCAGUUAUAAGUCUGUCGUUUACGGUGUGUUGAAUGUUGACGUUAAAAACAAUUUUACAUGUUAUUUCAGUGAUGGAAUACACAUAUUUUUAAUCUGUGAACUAAAUAUGCAAUGUAUUAAUAAUUCAGUAUUCUUUGCAGGCGCCAUAUUGUUGUUUCCAAUUCAAUAAACAAUAAAAUGCACUAUAGUUUGAGUGCUGCUAUCUUUUUAAGCAAAAUAUUAUUGUUUUUUUUAAAUUUUUUACAUGUAUUUAUAUAAUUUAUUAUAUGGUAUUUCUAACUUUAUUUGUGAACACGUAUAUUUAAAUAUUUUGAAUUUGCCUGUGCAUUAUAGAAAAGUAUUCUAUGAUACGUUUUGUAUAAUUAUUAUUGUUUACAAACACGACAAUCUGUACAUAUAUUUAAUUUAACAAUAUAUUGGUUCUUCGUUUAGUUCUAAGAUUAGACAAAUAUUAACUUAAAGUACAAUCAGUGAUUUAUAAUUUUGUGUAAGUUGUUUAUUUGAAUGUUUAAAAUAUAUUUUAGUGCAUAUAGCUUUUAUUCAUUCCAUUAUUUCUUAAUUGCAAUUGUUAAAUAUUUUUAUUUAACACCCACCUUACAUCGUGUUUAAAAAGAUAUGUUAGCAGAGUAUUAUCUAUACAAUUGUAAGAUGGCUGUGUAUGAUAAUUCAAACAAACUUUACAAAAUAUGGAUACAAAUUGCCAUUUUUGCUGUUGGAUGACCACUCGUUAUUUUAUACACCUAAGUGAAACAUUUAAUAAGCACAUAAUUGAUAUAUCCCACGUUUGUGUUUAUUAAUCCUUGUUAUAUUAAAUCAAAACAUACAUUUGAUGAAAAGAAAUAUUUAUGAACAAAAAACACUGAAACCAUCCUAAUAAUCACAUAUCUUUUGGUUUAUUAGAAAAAUGAUAAUUAGGUUUGUGGUGUUCAUUGCAGAUAACCAAAUGAGCACUAAUUUGGAACUAAUAUGUAUUAGUUCUACUUGAUAUAACGUAGUCUAUGUAACGGAUUUAGAUUUAAUUACAGAAACACUAGCUAUUAUGUAUGGUUCGUACACAUUUAUAGAUGUAGUAUAGAUAUGUGUUAUCAAAAUACGAAAGAUUCGCACUGUUGAUGUAAUUCAUACAUUUUUACACAAUUGCCGUGCAUUAUUGCUAACAAAUUGUAAUGUUCAACAAUUUAUUUCUUAAUUAAUGGUCAUUUUGUUAUUAUUAUUAUAUUAAGCUACAGAAUUAGUAGGAUCUGAUAUAGUGAAUCGAAAACCAACAAGCAUGUGUUUUUAAGAACGUAAGCCUCAUAUCCUUUUGAUAAAAAUGAGUUAAUUAAAUUGGACAGUUUAAUAUAAACAUUUUAAUUUGCGAACACGCUUCAAAACAUCUCCAUAAAAUGAUGGGUUAAAGUGAAAGUGAUAUUAUGGGAAUUUUUCACUGUUGAAUUGAGCUGAAAACAGUUAACAGGUCAAAAUAGUAAGUUAAAAUGUGGUUACUGAUCAAUUAUCUGCAACUCAUCUUGCUACCAGUUGUUUAUAAAAAUAUAUUUUAAAUUAUAUAUUUUACGUGAUCCACCCAGUCCUGUAAGCCGAAAUGAUCCGUAAAACAAAAUGGUGUCUUUGUGUCGUAUAAACGAAUCUGCACUAAAACUAAAUUUAGGUUCACAUUGUACAUGCGUGAUCAGUUGUCAAACGAAAGUACGGUUGAUAUUCAAAUGCAUUUUUUUUCUCUUUCCGGGAUAUUGUUUUAGUAUGUUGAUGCUGCAUUAACAAUUAUAAGUGUAUAUGAAGUGAAGACACCAACAAUAAACAACGGUUGCGAUAGACACCUAUAAACUGUUAGAUGCCCAUAAUAUUACUUUAAAUGCCAUUUUAAAGAAACAUUAUAAUUUGAAAUUAAAUCACCAUACUUUGAGUGAAAUUUAGCGAAUUUACUUUUUCGGUUAUGAUACAAAAAACCUUGUUUUAGCAAUUUCUUCGUUAAUAUACGAUUACGAUUAUUAAAAUCGUGAAUACAUGAACAUGCUCUGGCAUAACGUACCAACUGCGAAAUGUAAAUACCAUAGGAUGGACCUUUAGGGAUGUUACCAUCUAGGAACGAAAAAUUCACAAUUUCAAAGUUAAAGUCGUCCCGUUUGUCGUAUAAACAAGUUUUAAUCAUAUUAUUAUUAAUAGUAAGAUGUAAGUCUAAAUACGCAGCGUCUGUAUUGGAUUGACACGAUCUAUUUAAGACAAGUUCGUUCGGGUAGAUUGUGUUAUAAUAUAUUGUUCAAAGAAUGGGUUAUCUAAAUUAAGUAUGUCAUCAAUGUACCUACUUGUAAGGUUAAAACAAUAAUUCAAAUCUAGAUAUUUAGUUUUAGAUAAUUCUAAAAAAAUCGCUGUCAUAACAAUAUAUAAAAAAAGAUCAGCUAUAAGUGGCGUACAAUUAGUACCCAUAGGAACGCCGAUAAUUUGUUUAAAUAUUUUACCAUUAAAUUCAACGAAAAAGUUAUCCAGAAGAAAAGUAAGUGCUGCACAAAAGUCAAGACAAGUCCAACUGAUGUAAUUAUCUAAUAACUGAUUAGUAAAAAAGCGGUGUUAGUGUUUAAAGCCAGAUAUGAACACUUCUCUCUAGCAAAUGUUUUUUUCAAUCAAAGAAAAAAGUUUGGAUUUUAUUAAAGCGAGAUUAAACGAUUUUGACAAAGAUUUAUUGAUUUAAAUAAAAUGUGUAAAACAAACUUAUUAAACAUAUAUUUCAAUAUAAAUUAAAAAUUAAAGUUAAGAAGAACAUGUGUCGAAAAAUGCUAAAUAUGCCAGGUAGUUAAUUCUAAAAUCGAAAAAGGCUGUAGAGUCGAAUUCGCCAGCAUGUAUUUCAUGCAUGUACGAUGUGAAUCUAAAUUUAGUUUAACGGUUCAUUUUAAAUUCCUGCAACGACAUCUAUUUAUACGACACGCGAACACUAACUAAAAAGACGAAUGCUUUGGUUAUUGUAAGAAAAUAUGUACGAAAUAUCUUCGUCACAAUCGGCUCGGGGCGCUAAUUUGUCUUUUGCUGCAUUUUAUUAAAUUUGUCUUCAAUGUAUACUUUUUUUUCCAUAUUUUGUGUUAUUGUAACAUAUUGUAUCAAUAUAUUACAUUUUAACAAAUAUAAAAAAUCGUAUAAUCUCGCUUUAAAGUAUGAGGGAGCGUUGUAUAUAGUGUAGAAAAAUCAUAAGUGCUUACUUGUGACACCUUAUAUUUUUUCUUUUCAAUUUUAUCAAUUACUUCUAAUGAGUUUUUUAUUGACCAAAAUAGCUUAAUAUUACUAUUUUCAUAAACUUUAUUACAAUAUUUAGCGAUAUGAUAUCUAAUAGCACUCAAUGCAGAUGUUAGAUACACUGAUAAUUGCUUGGUGGUAUAAGACACCGAAUUAGCGAUAAAACGACUUUUAUAUGGCGUUUUAUGUAAUUUAGGUAUCCAGUUCAGUGAUGGCAAGUUCUUGUAAGUUAUAUUAACUAUUACAUUUUUCUUGUAAAAUAGUUUGAACAUAAAACACUCGUCAUAUUAUUAUAACAUUAUUAGCAGCCUUAUCAGCAGGAACUAUGACUAAUUUAGAUUUUAAGUCUUCAAGCAAUUUACAGAGAUUCUGUUUAUUAAAUUUAGGUGAAUGUGGUAAGGCUAAAGGAUUUGUAUUAUAAAAAUGUAUCUUAUUCAUAGCCAUACAUAAUACUUUUGUUUUGCAUUCACUGAGUGCAGUAAUUUCAGCAUGUUCCUUCCUGCACCAUUUAGUACAAUAUUCUUGUAAGGAUGUUUCGAUUUUCUUAAUGAAGUCAUCAAAUUCAACAGGAAUAGGCAAUCUGUACUUAGGGCCUCUGUGUAUUAAAUUUCUUUGGUUUUUAUUUUGAACGAAAUUAAGGUCCCCAGUAAUUACAUGUCCAACUGGACCAUAUAUAUAUUUUGAACUAGAAUAGUCACAUGAUGUUGGACAAUUUCGUAUUUAAUUAAUAUCUGUGGAAAUAUAAUUAUAAUUAAAUACGAUACUUCUAAAAGGUUUACUAUAUUUGUAGCAAAUAAGUGGUGAUUCAGUAUUGUGGAAAUAAGGGGUAUCAACCGACGCACAUUUUUAUAUAGGAAGGUCAAUUAAAUCAAGACCUUUGUUACAAAACUCAAUUUUAAUACGAUUUCUUGUUUUGUUAUGUGCACUUUCAAUAACAGGUUUAAGAUAAUAGCCAGUGAGAGAUUAUAUAAUACAAGCACAUUCAUACAGUGGGUCAGAUUGAAGUAAAAUAAGUUUACAUUCCUUAUCAAUAUGCGCAAAAGAAGAAACAGAAAGAGAGCAAAGUGCACUUGGUAAUUUAUGUUUACCUCCAUUUGGUAAUAAAGUGUAGCAGUCAAUUAAAGAAAGAAGUCUUUUAAAUUUACGCCUUAUGCUACCAUUUUUCCUUAUGCCGUGUAACGUUUAUUUCUAAGACGUUUGUUAAAAAGAGAAAACGAAUUAAUCAAUAUAUUUUUAGAAAUAGUUCCAACAUUUAAUAUAUUAUCAUUUAAUCCAAGUGUGUAAGCUGUUUGUAAAAUAAUCUUAUAAUUUUCUGCAUUCAAAGUGACGUCAUUAAAAUAAGUCCGGCUAGUAUGGUAAAACGGAAUAGGAAAACUAGCGAGUAGCAUAAUACAGAAAUUAUUGCUUUGCAGUUGUAUUUUACCGAUUGAUACAACUUGCAUAUUUUGGGAACAAAAUACAGGUAUAUAAUAAGCAAAAAUCACAUUAUUAAGAAUACACAUAUAUCAAAAUCAAGACAACCGACAUUUCAUGAUUAUAAACUACGUAAUGAUAAUCAGUUUGUUAUAUUAUGCAAUAACAUAUGAUAGCGACAAAACUAGUCCAAGGACAUUUAAAUGUAAGUUGUUGGUAUCCUAAGUUACUCAAUGAAAGCUUGCAAUAUUUGUUCGACGAGUUUCUUGGACAAAAUACUUAACAUUUGUAAGACUCAUACUUUUAGAUUGUAUGUUGCAGAGAUUUAGUGAUGUUUGUCUGUUUAAAUUGUAUAUAUUAUAUAAAUGAUGCUAUCUGGGUAAACAUCCUGUAUUUAAAUACUAGAUGUAAUGCUUGUUUUGUCCUAUAAUUAAGCAUUAUUAAAAGCGUACAUAUGAGCUCCCAAUGAUUACACGAGCAUUUAAUGUACACGAUAUGUAUUUGACAAUGAAACAAUUGAUUUGCUUUAAACGUUUCCCCUUUGUAUGUAUCUUCCAUAUUUGAAACAUUUAUAUAAUAUGAAGGAUGAACACAGAUAUUGGCAUCUAUUAAUAUACGACAAUGUUGCUUAUUAUAUGUUCGAGUGACUGAAUGCUGUCAAUCAUACCACCUAAGUGUUUUCAUUUUUAUGUAUUCAAAAAUCGACAUUCGUGAUAUUCGAAACGUAUCAAAUAUGGUAUAAUCCGUUAUAAUAUGACAAUGUAUUUGUAUGUAUUACAAUAUAUUUGUUUAAUUUAUAGAGAUCUUAGGUAAAAAUACAUCAUGAGGCUGUCAUUGAAAACAUUUAGUUAUUUUCAACAAAUUAUGUCAUUAAAGUCUUCAAAACGAAUCCGUUAAGUAUUGAAAUUAACCUGUUUUGCAAUAUUAAAACGAAAAUAUGUCAUUGAUUCUUCGGUUGCUUCCUGGUUGUUUAAAAAUCCUUAACACUAUAUAAGAGUGUUUUUUGCUGCAUUUUCCUGUUUUCUUUAGCUUUUCUGGGUUUUUUAUAUCAUCUAUCGAUAUUAUUUGUGUGUAACGAUUAACUUUCCUAUACCUUGGAAUAAUAAUAAAUUAUCAAUAUUGCAUACACUAAUUCUCGGUAUAGCCUUACUUCAUCUCACUUUGUAUAUGUAUUUAAGAUAUGAUGUAUUUUGCCUAAAGCUUUGCUGAGUAUGCGAAUAAAUACACCAACAUUGAAAAUGAUCUUUGGAAAUCCAAUAUACGAGUUGGCACAUAGUUGGGUACUCUGUGUAUUGUUAUCGCGUAAUUAAAUAAAAAUUAUCAGCUCUA